CGCGUUUCCAUUUUAAACCGCCGCCCGCCGCCCGCCACCCUUCGGCCGCAGCCGGUGCAGCUGUCCGCGCGUCCCGGAGCCCAGGGAGUGGCGGAGGCUGCGGAACCGCCGAGCUGUGCAGCCGGAGCGGGAGGAUGCGCACUGGCCCCGCGUCGUAGACAAUGAAGCCGCGGGCGCCGCCGCCCGCCCUGGGCCCUGCGCACCGCGGCCGCACCUGCCGGCGAGAGCGCUCUAGUGCCUGACCGGCCGCCUCGCCUGGCCCCGCCGGCCCAUGGCUCGGCGCCCCGGGCCCGGACCCCGGCACUCGGGCGGCGCGGCGCACGGGCCGGCGGGUGCCAGGGGCGCCGUCCCCGCAGCCUGAGUGCGGCCCUCGCGGUCAGCGGGGGGCGUGGGCCACACUCCCGGCCCGCCUGCCCUCCCCGCUUAGCCCGGCGCCCUCCCGGCCCGCGGGCUCGCUGGAUGCGGCGGGGCCCCAGCGCGCGGGCGACAUGUACUUGUUGGACGGCAGUGGCGAGCCCGCGUCGCCACCCGCGGACGCGAUGCCGCGCGGGACGCCCCCUAGAAAGACUGUCUACCGCAUCUCCGUGACCAUGGUCAGGAAGGAGCAGCUGGCCGCGCCGGGCCCCGGCGGCCCGGACCCACGCCCGGUUCGGCGGCCCCGGCCCGCGCGCUCCCCGGACGCGCCCGGGAGGCUUGAGGAGGAGGCCGAGGAGGCGGAGGGUGCCGAGGAACCGGAGGGUCCCCGGCCGCGCGCUUGGGAUUUCCGCACCUUCCGCACCCGCAGCACCGGGCAGCUGGAACUGGGGCGGCUCCGGCCGUGCGCACGCGGCCUGGAGCCCGCGGACCUGGCCGGCAGCGCCCCGGCCGAGGAGGAGAGACGCGGCUCGCCCGCGCCCGGCAGCCCCGACGUGGAGGGGGCCCGGGCCGCGCCCCUGCGGCGGAGCCUGAGCUUCAGGCACUGGAGCGGGCCUGAGGCGCCGCAAGGCCGGACACUGGGCGGCGGAAGGCGCCACAGCAGCUCCGGGAGCCUGGCCUGGGCGCCGUGCGACGAGGCCGCGGCCGGGGCCACCCUGGAGCCCGCGACCGCCACGCAGCCCGCCUCGGAGAAGCGCAACACCCUGGACGUGGGCGAGGUGCUCAGCAAGAACGACGCGCUCUCGGACCUGGAGCGUUGGGAGCGCAGUAAGAGCAAGAACCGCACGCUGGACAACAGCGACCUGCAGCGGCUGGAGCGCGCGCGGGCGGCGGCCGGGGCCGGCGCGGCCUCGGAGCACCGGCUGCUGCGCUUCUUCAGCGGCAUCUUCGCGCGCAGGGACGGGGGCCCGGGCGGCGGGCCCUCGCCACGGAGCGGAGCCUCGCGGCCGCGCGGCUACUUCAGCCUGCGGCGGGCCCCGGCCGAGGCGCACUCGUCCAGCGCCGAGAGCAUCGACGGCUCCCCGCGCAGAGAUGCCUUCGUGAACAGCCAGGAAUGGACGCUGAGUCGAUCUGUCCCGGAGCUCAAAGUGGGAAUUGUGGGUAACUUGGCCAGCGGCAAGUCUGCCCUGGUGCACCGGUACCUGACGGGCACAUACGUCCAGGAGGAGUCUCCGGAAGAUAUGGAUGCAGGUGGCAGGUUCAAGAAAGAGAUUGUCGUUGAUGGACAGAGCUAUCUGCUGCUGAUCAGAGAUGAAGGGGGCCCCCCGGAGGCGCAGUUUGCCAUGUGGGUGGACGCUGUUAUAUUUGUCUUCAGCUUGGAGGAUGAAAUAAGUUUCCAGACCGUUUACCACUACUACAGUCGAAUGGCCAACUAUCGGAACACGAGCGAGAUUCCUCUGGUUCUGGUGGGAACCCAGGAUGCCAUAAGUUCUACUAACCCGAGGGUCAUCGAUGACGCCAGGGCGAGGAAGCUCUCCAACGACCUGAAACGGUGCACGUACUACGAGACGUGUGCUACAUACGGGCUGAACGUGGAGAGGGUCUUCCAGGACGUUGCCCAGAAGAUUGUUGCCACAAGGAAGAAGCAGCAGCUGUCCAUAGGACCCUGCAAGUCGCUACCUAAUUCUCCCAGCCAUUCCUCCGUCUGUUCCGCGCAGGUGUCUGCUGUGCACAUCAGCCAGACAAGUAAUGGAGGUGGGAGUUUAAGCGACUAUUCCUCCUCCGUUCCAUCGACUCCCAGCACCAGCCAGAAGGAACUUCGGAUCGAUGUUCCUCCCACUGCCAACACACCCACGCCUGUUCGCAAGCAGUCCAAGCGCCGGUCCAACCUGUUCACCUCUCGGAAAGGGAGCGACCCAGACAAAGAGAAGAAAGGCCUGGAGAGUCGUGCGGACAGCAUUGGGAGCGGCCGAGCCAUCCCAAUUAAACAGGGCAUGCUGUUGAAGCGAAGUGGCAAAUCGUUGAAUAAAGAGUGGAAAAAGAAAUAUGUCACCCUGUGUGACAAUGGCGUGCUGACCUAUCAUCCCAGUUUACAUGAUUACAUGCAGAACGUUCAUGGUAAGGAGAUUGACCUUCUGAGAACCACUGUGAAAGUCCCAGGGAAGAGGCCACCCCGAGCCACGUCAGCCUGUGCACCCAUCUCCAGCCCUAAAACCAAUGGCCUAUCCAAGGACAUGAGCAGUUUACACAUCUCACCCAAUUCAGGGAAUGUCACUAGUGCAUCUGGGUCUCAGAUGGCAAGCGGCAUCAGCCUGGUCUCCUUCAACAGCCGACCCGACGGCAUGCACCAGCGCUCCUACUCAGUCUCCAGUGCCGACCAGUGGAGUGAGGCUACGGUCAUUGCAAACUCGGCCAUCAGCAGUGACACAGGGCUGGGUGACUCCGUAUGCUCCAGCCCCAGUAUCUCCAGCACCACCAGCCCCAAGCUCGACCCGCCCCCCUCCCCUCACGCCAACAGAAAGAAGCACCGAAGGAAGAAAAGCACUAGCAACUUCAAAGCCGACGGCCUGUCCGGCACUGCUGAAGCCAAACGCAAAGCAUGGAAACUAAACCGUGUUGGUAGCCUGCGAAAUAUAUACAGCAGCAGCACCAACACCGAAGAACAAGAAGAAAAUUUUGAGUUUAUCAUUGUGUCCCUCACUGGCCAAACGUGGCACUUUGAAGCCACGACGUAUGAGGAGCGGGACGCCUGGGUCCAAGCCAUCGAGAGCCAGAUCCUGGCCAGCCUGCAGUCGUGCGAGAGCAGCAAGAACAAGUCCCGGCUGACGAGCCAGAGCGAGGCCAUGGCCCUGCAGUCGAUCCGGAACAUGCGCGGGAACUCCCACUGUGUGGACUGCGAGACCCAGAAUCCCAACUGGGCCAGUUUGAACUUGGGAGCCCUCAUGUGCAUCGAGUGCUCAGGGAUCCACCGGAAUCUUGGCACCCACCUUUCCCGAGUCCGAUCUCUGGACCUGGAUGACUGGCCAAUCGAGCUCAUCAAGGUGAUGUCAUCCAUCGGGAACGAGCUAGCCAACAGCGUCUGGGAAGAGAGCAGCCAGGGGCGGACGAAACCCUCGGUAGACUCCACAAGGGAAGAGAAGGAACGGUGGAUCCGUGCCAAGUACGAGCAGAAGCUCUUCCUGGCCCCACUGCCCUGCACGGAGCUGUCCCUGGGCCAGCACCUGCUGCGGGCCACCGCCGACGAGGACCUGCGGACAGCCAUCCUGCUGCUGGCACACGGCUCCCGGGACGAGGUGAACGAGACCUGCGGGGAGGGAGACGGCCGCACGGCGCUGCAUCUGGCCUGCCGCAAGGGGAAUGUGGUCCUGGUGCAGCUCCUGAUCUGGUACGGAGUGGACGUCAUGGCCCGAGAUGCCCACGGGAACACAGCGCUGGCCUACGCCCGGCAGGCCUCCAGCCAGGAGUGCAUCGACGUGCUGCUGCAGUACGGCUGCCCCGACGAGCGCUUCGUGCUGAUGGCCACCCCCAACCUGUCCAGGAGAAACAAUAACCGGAACAACAGCAGCGGGAGGGUGCCCACCAUCAUCUGAGGAACAGCCGUGCCCGCCUGCUCGCCGCACCCGGGACGCGGCAGCCUCGCCGCAUUCUCGCUCAGAAGUCGCAGCACGUGAGUCCCGUCGCAUCCCCUCCCUCUUCCUGGUGGCCACCUCCCUCCCGCCCACCCACUCUCACCCCAAACAAAAUCACAAAACCUGGACAUCCUCAAGGGGCGAAGAGGCGGCCGGGAGACUGCAGAAGUGGCUCCUUUUCAUAAACUCCCCUAAACCACACACAGGAGAGAGCGACGGGCCUCGGCCCUUUGAUGAUAGCACAUGGCGCAGGACCCUUGUCCUGGUGGCACAAGGGACGGGGACGCGAGGGGGAGGGGAGGCGAGGAACAAGGAGAAGGGGCAACUUUCCUUAACCGGCAGUUGAGCACAUAGUACAUUUCACCUCUACCAAACGGAACACUUGGAUUCCAUCUCUUCUCUGAGGAGCUUGAUGGCAUAAAUCAGAAGCAAGCACAGAGUUUGUCAGGUUUGAAGCCCCUAUGAUGGUAUGUGUCAAAUCAGUUGUAGCUAAUCUGUCCAGGGAGAAUACUGGCUUCAUUACACUUGUAUAGUUGAGUUCUUCCCGCAUUACUGCUGUUUAAUAGAACGUGAUUAGUCAUCGCCGAGAAGAAAGCAUAUUAGCCGAGGAGGUAGUCACGCGGCACGCGCCGGUGAUUGCCACGAUGUGAUUGCAAUACUCUUAGAAGCACCAUAUUAUCCCAGACAUGUUCUUUCAAGCCCUUGGAGCCCUCCUUUCUAAAUUCACUGUCAUAAUUUAGUAUCUGUUUAAUUUUUCAGUCCAAAGAGAGGAAAUCAGUCGCUGAGUAUUAUUUGACUCCGGUCUCCUUGGUGCAAAAACAAAAUGGGAAAAAUAAAUAAGAAUAACUCAGAAAUUCAAAAGGAAACCACAAAUUCAGCUAAUAAUAGCAUUUCGAGUAUAUUUCGUAAACUAAGGAAAUACACAAAAGGCUGUUUUUUCCGACCGUAAGAGGUAUUUGAUGUCCUUUUGCCGAGGUGGAUGUGUUAGUCUCAGGCCCUCCUGGACCACGUUGCCCAAGUCACACAGGCUUCUGUGUUAUGUAUUUAGAUAAGAUGUGUGAAAAUAUAUUUGAAUAAAAGAAGUUCAUAAAUAUGCAUUGAUUUUUGUACAGACAAAUGGCACCUCUCUUAAUUUAUAAAUUGAACUGGAUGUGAACUAAUAAUGUGCAACUAGUUGAGAUAAGAGGGUUACAGAUCAUUGUACAUGGAAAAUAUUCCCAGCAGUAAACACUUCCAUUAAUGUGAUCUACGGCUUUUAAAAAGGAGCAUCUCAGAAUAAGAUGGUGGUACAAUUUGCUUAUUAAAAUUGAGAAAGAAAAAAAAAAGACACACUGGAGUAUAUUAGAAAGGAAAAAGAAGGAAUGUGGUCUCUCAUGAUUGAAAGCAUGAUUUAGAUCGGAUACGGCUUUUGCUAACCAAGGACCAAGGGGCUCUGGCAAGAUGGGGUGGUUUUCCGAAUGCCAGACCGAGGUGCCUUACGAAGGCAGCUGCCGAUGGUUCUGUGGCACAGACUGGCUCCUGAGAACCCAGAUGACCUUGACCUGGCAGCCCGGCCCUCCACGCUAGUACCUCGCCUGAUUUUCCACCGUCGCGGUAUCCAGCCGCUUCAGACGUCCGCCGCCUUCAGUGGUGGUAGUCGAAUGUAGUCAACCAAACCACAGCAUCCCUUAGGUUAAAAGCAAACGGGGCAGCUUUGCCUAGAGCUCACUGACAGUGUGAUGGGGGGAGAAGAGUUGUCACAAUGGAAGAUGAGGACACUAGACUCAUGUAGCACAGAAACACGAAGCCACACGCGCCGGCAGCCUCCGGGGUGUUCCUCGCUCUCGUAUGUUAAACCUUAUAUUUUAUAAGAGUUUUUCCUCUUAUUUCACUUUUUAAAAAAAUUAAAGUAGGUGGGGAAAAAAAUAAAGCUUUACACAGAAUUUAUAUGUGGGUAAGUGUUUCAUGGAAAUUUCUGAUCUUAACGAAGCUAAGUGGAGCUCACUCGUAUCCAAAAGUAUAACAGGUGCAGAAGCCACAAGUCUGAGAACCUUGACGACAGUUCCAUCGUCCUGCCAUUUGAUUUUUCAGUCUGCGUUUCAUCACUGUGUAGCUAUUGUAAAUGUGAAUAGAAAAAAACAGGUCAUUGCCUAUUUUUGAAGAACGCGUUGGUGUUCGAGUCCACUAGACACACUCGCUCCACACAGCCUUCACCGUAGACUCUGUAGUGGACACAGAUAUAGCAUAAAUGAAAUUGUUAAAUUAUUUCAUUGUAGUUAACUCCCACUAUAGGAAUGCUUUAUCAUAGUGAAGUUUCUUUUGAGAAGAAAUGGAACUCCUUGAGGCUUCUCUUUGGGAUGUAUAUGAGCGUGUACAUAUUAUUCUAUGUGUUUAUAAUAUAAUAUUUUCCCAAAUGACUUCUUGUUUCACUUUGCCUUCCACAACCUGAAUGCCAGAUUGGUUUUUUCCCUUCCUGGCCCCCAGCACAGGCUGCCAUGACUCCCCCUCAGAAAACACAGCCCCUCCCCUGCCAUUCUCAGUGAUGUCCAUCUGCUCCACUCCGCAGCCACUUUCUAGGGCCCAAGUUUUGGUAGCAGAAGGAAAGGCAGUUUUUGAGGGUCUUUCAAAAAAAAGAAGACGGGGCAGCUUUGCCCAGAGCUCGUUGGCAGUCUGUAUUUCAGUGUCUAACCAGAAGUCCUUUCUUUGCUGACCCCACUCUCGUUCCCACUUUCAAGCUAAUUACCACCAAGGCUGGGAGAGGCAAGGACUGGGGGCAGAGCUAGGAAUAACUCGUUUGAGAAGGGGGUGGAGUUUUCAUUGUUCAUUUCCAUGUUCAGUUCUGUGACGUGACGAUGACAGAUCACCACUGCAGGAUCCACCUCACCUUUCCUGUUCAGAAUUAAAACCCUCCCUUGAUGAGAAACAGCCAGCUGAGGGAGGCCCACGAGCGGCCUGUGUAACCCCAUGGGUGAUCUGGACACAUCUUCACCCCCGCGUUCAGCUUCGCGGAGACUGAACUUGGCGGGGAGUGGAGGGGUGUGGUGCAGACCUGGCUGCAGCAGAAACACCCCGCAGGGACAGUACUCUGUGAUUCUGACCUCAGGUGCUGGGACGGGCAGAUGGUUUGCCCCGCCCAGCACCCCAGUCCUGCUCCCUGGUCCCUCUCUCUGUUUCAUCCCAGGAAAUGAGCAGCUCGAGGGUGAGCAAGUGACAGGUUCCUGAGUCACUGGCCCCAAAACCAGGUGCAGUGUCCUGUCUCCCAAGUGUGUGCACAAUGUACAUAUGCACUGGAAAGGAGGGCGAAGGCAGCGGGUCGCUCGCCAAUUACAGGGUUCUCAGACGCAGGAGAGAGCGGGAUCUUAAUGACCUGCAUUUCCUGCAGAGCCUCUAGUGCACAGGCCAGUUCUCGGCAGUGGCUUUUCAGCACAAGGGCCUUGCAUUGAAGCUCCCUCUUCUGAGAUUUUGCCCAGCCUGAUGAGGCCUGCAUGGUUCCGGCCUCGUCAUCCAGUGUAGAUACCAGUCUUCCUAUUUUUGUGACAUCUGCACAUUUGGGGUCAUUCCCUAUAUCUGCAUGGGAGCUAUUGCUAACCUUGUUAGGGAGAAACAUGGUCUAAUGAGAAAGACAGACCCCUAGGCUCAGCUGGCCCUGCCAUUCCUCCAGAGGAUUCCUCUGCAACUCUAGGCAAGCACCCAGCUUCCUCGGCUCGUUUUCCUCAUCUGUGAAACUUGCAGGGUGCAGUGAGGUUUCAAACCAGUGUGAUAAAUGUUGGCCUCACACCUGGCCCAGGGCAUGCUGGGAAAACAGGAGCACUUGUUAAGAACAGAAACACUGAUGGGACCAAAGCCAGUGCACACACCAGGAAACCUGCCCGUGGCUGACACUGUCCUCCAGCCUGCAUUCUGGGGAGGCUGUGAUGGGCACGUUUGCCAACCCCCCCCAGUAGAGCCCAGGACCCUGCUCUCUCAGCUUGCCAGUGCCCUGCCCUCCACAUGGCGGGGAACAGCAUCAAUGAGGUCCUUGCUCCCUGAGAGCCUCUCUGGAACCUGCCCACUUUUCUCAACAUGUAUAUUCUGCUUUGUAGUCUGAGGUUGAUUUUCUAGAGGUGAGGAAGGGGCUGAGUUCUGCCCUCGUGCUGUUCGCUGGUGCUGAUCAGGGCCAAGACGACCUUUCCCUCUCCCCCACAGCCUGUUGAGGUGCCGUUGACGUGGACAGCGCCCCUCCCUUAAAAUGCCCCCUUGCCGUUGCCAUGAGCCGCUGUGACUCACGCGUGCACUGGGCCUUGCUUGGUGCUCCCCUCCUCCUCCUGUCUGAGAUCGGAGCUUGCUGGAGAGCACCCCAGGUCGCCGUGCUUGACUGCAGGCCCGUCCCUCUCUCCCCAUCCUCGGGUUCCCAGCGUGUUUUGUGCUUGAACUUGGUGGACUCAUCUUACCCCACAAGAGUGGCCUGCUCAACCUCAAGCCUCCAAUGUGCCGUAGGCACUCUAGGUCCCCGUGGCGCCCAGGACACCAACUCUCCCUCCCUGCACUUAGGAUGUUCUGGAAAUGAGGGGAAAUCCACAUUCCUGCCCCAGGAGGUGGGAAGCCUGGCAACGAUGUAGCUUCCCCUGAGAUGCAGUAUGAUCAGGCCUCAGCAACUACUCAGGAGGCAAAGGUGUUUGGAAAGCAAACCCCAAACCUCCCGGCACGGCAUCUGCUCUGCUUCCGUCCCUCACCGCCUGCACAAGGUCGUUGAGACUUUUCUAGAACUCCCCGGGGUUGUAUUUAUGGCCUUCAAGCAAACAAAUUGAAAAGCAGUCAAGGAGGAGUUCAGAUAGAAAAGUGCUGGAGAUACACAUCUUUCCUUCAAAGGAAAUGUAAUUUAUUUCCAACCGCUGUCACCCUCAACCUUCCCCAAAAAGCUAAAUAAGGGCCUUUGGCAUCAAUGCGUGCAUUCUCCACCUUUCCGCGGCUUGCGCUUGGAUUUCUGAGUGGCUUUCUUCAGGGAGCCCUUGUGGUCAUGUGUCUUUAAUGCUGCCCCCAUGUCCCCAGGCCAGGCCAGCACGCUCAGGUGAUAGUGAGUGGGGCCAGGAGACCCCCCUGCCCUGCCCAGUGGACAGAUCUGCCCCAGCCCUGCUGUGGGGACAGGCCCUCUAUCAUUUAACCACAUACAUUAGGUUGCUUUUCAGCAAAAUGUCAGCUUUCCUCCCAUUAUGCAGGAGAGAGAAGGGGCGCAGGUGUAUCUCCUUAGAGUACACCUUGGAGCUGGAUCACUAAGAAACAGUCCUCAGACUGGUCCUUCCGACACAGGCAGAGAGUGAACUGGAUCGCUGGCCCCUGGGAUGCUGCGCUGUCUGUGAUUAGAGAGAAGUGGCCAGUGUCCCGUCUGUGAUUAGACAGAAACCCCUAUGGCAGACUCCUCCCCUCUCCAUGAAGAAAGAAAUAUUUACUUAGAUAUUACUGUUUCAAAACACAAACUUUAUUCCCCUUAGAGAAGAAAUACUGCCCUUAAAUAGACUGUUGAAAUAUUAAUGGCCCCCCCAUUUAAUCAGUGUGUCUGCGGCUUUCUUCGCGUCACAUGUCCGUGUUGGCAGGUGAUUCUGGAAAGGGAUUCUGGGAAACCAACAAGUCUUUUUUAAAUCUUUGAGUUGUAUGAGAAAGUAUUUAAGUUCACCAGUGUAGUAAACACCCACCCCAGAGCAGCGGUAAGAAACCUAAAUCUGAAAACCCAUUCUUACUGUCUUUCACCAUGAGAUGCUGGUUUUGGUGUAAAAUGACAGCACUUGGUUUGGGGUUUUGCACCUGUUGGGUAGAACUGUUCUUGUCUGAGGUCCUCACCCUCUACAGAUGGGCCUCAGGGCCUGGAGGUGGGCAGAUGGGGCCGGAGUGGCCAGCAGAGACUUGCAUGGGCUCUGAAAGCCCCAGAGCUCAGGCCUAAGGCUGCUAGGUGAGACCAGCAGGCAGCUGUGGCAUCCGACCUUGGGACGCCCAAGCUGGGCAGCCGCUCCAUGUGCCCCAAACAGGAUAUCCUCAUGAAUGUGAGGAGAGGCUGGCUCAGGGCUUGGUUUUCAUUUUGGCCUGGCACAGGGUACCUGUAGGGAGCACUCCCCCAACCUGAGGAUGGUGAAACCAUAUGAUAGAGACUCCUUGUCGAAGUCCACGUCGGACUGAUCUAGAAUGCCCCGUGGGGGGAUUGCAUGGCCUUUGCCUUGAGAUGCAGGUGAAAGAAAGGAACCAAACAAGGCGUGAGUGUGUUGGGGAAUCUUCCCAGUGGAGCAAACCCCCUUAACACACCAGCUGUUGGGAACAGCUGCCCCUAAAUCCAAUUAAACCCUCAUCUCCCUGGUGCUGAACAGUGUACACUGGCCCAGGAAGCUAACGUCUGAGCCGCUUGGAGAGCUUUGGUAAACAGAAGACACUGGAAGCCCACCCGGUCAGCAGCUGGGCAUGAGGAUGUCAGGGGCCUUUGGACUUGAGGAAAGACAGUCCAGGUGCAUGGAAUCCUAAUGGGCCUCAUGCAGACAAUGGAGGCAGCCCAGCCCUCUGCCCAAUACCACAGCCCUGGGGUGUCCCCUGACAUUCCUGGAGGUCCCUGGGCAAAUGCAUUUCCUGCCUGGGUUCUCAGGGCAGGAGAACAGAGAAGGCUCCAAGGGUGUUGUGAGUGAGCCAGGGGCUGGUCUGAGGAGUGGGUCUCACGCACUGCUCAGGUUGGCACAUGAGGGACCUCCCCCACCCCAACCCAGCCCCAAGGGUCCCAGCAGGGUUCUCAGCAUGGCUGUUUUGAGGGUACACAGGUGGCUGGAGAGGGGUGGGGCAGUUGCAUGUUGGGUAGCAAAGUGUGCAUUUAGAAGCUGCUUUGUGGCGUUAAGAACGGGGGGAGAGGGACCAGCACUGUAACAUUAGAAAUAAUUCCUUCUUGCAGACUUGAAAAGCAUGAGUUUCCCUCUCACAGCUGGGUUUUUGUGUCUGAAAUACAUCUAAUUCUCCAGACUGCAGCCCCUCUCAGCCCUGAGCACCUGAGCGCUGGGGAGGCCCUUAUUGGGCUCAGCCUGGAGAGGGGAGGGUCGCACGGGUCCCGGGGGCAGGUCUCCUGCACUGGCUCUUCCCUUCUGCCAGCUUGGAAUUUGGUUCUCAUCUUGCCACAGGGGUGUGUUUCUUAAAGGAGAGCCGGAGCAGCUCAAAGGUGACAACUGAGAUGCAUUUCUAGGCAGGGGCAGGGAAGGCCAACCCACCUUGCAGCCAGUUUUCUGUUUCUGUAAAUAGCAGUGUAUAGAGAUGGAAGGGCAGCGUGGGUGUAUCCACAGAUGGGUUUAGGUUUUUUUUUUUUUUGGAUGUUUUCUAUUACCUCAUUCAGCAACUUUAUGUUUCACAAUGACUCGAUGCUUUAUUUAUAUUGUUUGUACUGUAAUUAAAACCAUUGACAGACAUUUCACUUUGCUUGUUAUUUCAUAUGAUCUUGUUUUGAUUAAAUAUGCCAGUUUGUAUUUUCCUGCCUUGGGAUUUUUUUGUGUCCGCUGUACAGUAUUCUAAGGGAAAAAGAAAAAGAAAGAUGUGUAAAGUAACAGAGAGAGGUGGCUAUGGUGUAGAGACCUCUUUCUAAUAAAGAAAUGAAAAUAUGUCUA